CGCGGCAAGAUCGUGAAGUGCUCGUGCAUUCCGCAAGAUUCGGAGGAUGUUGUUGAAAUGCAUCAAACAACAAGGAUUUCAGGAUAAGUCUGAUCCGACCCAGUCCAUGGGCUCGGAGCGGGUGGAGAUGCGAAAGAGACAGAUGCAGGUUCACCAGGAAGCAGCUGCCAGUGUCCUCCAAGCUCGCCACAGAAUGGGAAACACCCCUACCAACGCCUCAAAUGCCUGCUGCUUCUGCUGGUGCUGCUGCUGUAGCUGCUCCUGCCUGACUGUUAGGAGUGAAGACGAAACAAUACAGAGGUCCAUGUUUGAGCACAGGACAGAGGGAACCACUAAUUGUGAAGAAAGCCCAAAGCCCACGGUGGAGGACGCACGCUCGUGGGCAAUUUCGUUUGAAAAGGUGAUGAAAAGUGCAGCCGGUCGAAGCUGCUUCAGGCAGUUCCUGAGGACAGAGUUCAGCGAGGAGAACAUGAUGUUCUGGCUCGCCUGCGAGGAGCUCAAAAAGGAGACAAACAAGACUGUGGUGGAGGAGAAAGUCCGUCAAAUAUACGAGGACUUCAUCUCCAUCCUUUCCCCUAAAGAGGUCAGUCUGGAUUCACGGGUUCGAGAGGUGAUCAACCGCAACAUGCUGGAGCCCACCUCGCACACGUUCGACGACGCCCAGCAGCAGAUCUACACGCUGAUGCAGAGAGACUCGUACCCCCGCUUCAUAAACUCCUCUGCCUACACGGAUCUGAUGAAGAACCUGGAGGAGCCCCCGCCUCCCGCCGAGCCAUGAGACCCUCCACUGCCACACGACUAGCUUUCUGGCGCAUGCAUCCCACCCGAAGGAGUUUUGUGUUCAUGUUGGAGUCCUACUAUUUUAGAGAAAGACAAGACAGGAAAA